GCUCCGGGGCGGAGGGAGUCUGCGCAUAGCCGCCGCCGCCCGGGCCUGAGGAGUGGACGCGAUGGCCGGGCCCGCGUGGAUCCCGAAGGUAUCUCGACUGCUGAGGGCCUUCAGCAACCCAAAACAGGUGACCCGAGGUUUUGCUGGUGGUGUACAGACAGUGACCUUAAUCCCAGGAGAUGGUAUUGGACCAGAAAUCUCAGCUUCUGUUAUGAAAAUUUUUGAUGCUGCCAAAGCACCCAUUCAGUGGGAAGAGAGGAAUGUCUCUGCCAUUAAAGGACCUGGAGGGAAGUGGAUGAUUCCUCCUGAAGCCAAAGAAUCCAUGGACAAAAACAAGAUGGGGCUGAAAGGCCCCUUAAAGACACCAAUAGCAGCUGGACAUCCUUCUAUGAAUCUACUUCUUCGUAAAACUUUUGAUCUUUAUGCAAAUGUACGUCCAUGUGUCUCCAUUGAAGGCUACAAAACCCCUUACACAGAUGUAAAUAUUGUCACGAUUCGGGAGAACACUGAAGGCGAAUACAGCGGUAUUGAGCACGUGAUCGUUGAUGGUGUUGUGCAGAGUAUCAAGCUCAUCACCGAAGAAGCCAGCAAACGUAUUGCCGAGUUUGCCUUUGAGUAUGCCAGGAACAAUCACCGAAGCAAUGUGACUGCUGUGCACAAAGCAAAUAUCAUGCGAAUGUCAGAUGGGCUUUUUCUCCAAAAGUGCAGGGAAGUUGCAGAAAACUGUAAAGAUAUUAAAUUUAAUGAGAUGUACCUUGAUACAGUAUGUUUGAAUAUGGUACAAGAUCCAUCCCAGUUUGAUGUUCUUGUGAUGCCAAAUUUGUAUGGGGACAUCCUUAGUGAUUUAUGUGCUGGCCUGAUAGGGGGUCUUGGUGUCACACCGAGUGGAAAUAUUGGCGCUAAUGGAAUCGCCAUCUUUGAAUCGGUUCAUGGAACAGCCCCAGACAUUGCUGGGAAGGACAUGGCCAAUCCCACUGCCCUGCUUCUGAGUGCUGUGAUGAUGCUUCGGCACAUGGGGAUGCAUGACUACGCAGCAAAGAUUGAGACCGCCUGCUUCGCGACAAUUAAAGAUGGGAAGAGCUUGACAAAAGAUUUGGGAGGAAACGCCAAGUGCUCAGACUUCACGGAUGAGAUCUGCCGCCGAGUGAAAGACCUUGAUUAAAGAAAGCUUCUCCCGUUAGGCACUUGGCAGCAGUCGCUCCUAAUGGACAUGCUAGAGAAAAAUCUAUUGUAGACUAUCUACCGUCCAUCUGCGUUGGGCUUGCAUAUUUCUUGACAGAGCAAACGUUUUAAAUUGGGCCUUUUCUUAACAGGUUCUGUGCCCAGGGAUGCAGGUGACCCUCUGGUGCCUGCUUCCGGUGGACUUUUUUUGAUGCAUUGUUUUAUUUAUUAAAUGUCUCUCUGGUGAAAAUGUUUUCUAUGUUAUAAGGAUGGAUUCCUGUGUCAUUUUCCAUUGUUAACCAUUUUACACUUCAGUUAGAACAACUUUUUUCCUCAAUUGAAAGACUUGCUGUAAAUAUUAAGAUACUGAAUUAACAGGAGAAACAGCUAACUUUUUAAAGAAAACCCCUAUUUUUCUUGGAGCAUGUAAAGUAUAAUGGAAAAAAACCCAGGAUAUUAACAUAGCACAAGAUGAGAUUCUUAUGAAAAUAAACGGGUAUAAGAGGAAUUUCCUGGGAGAGUCACAUCUAAGAGGGUACGGAUGAUACGUUUUAAAGUGUGUAGUGAGCUAAGAAAUUAAGAGAUUUGCUGUCCAAAAGACUUAUUUGUAUGCAUGAAUAAAGAUUGCAAACCCGAGA